CAUCCUUGUGGGAGUUCCCAAGAAGCACAUUGUAGCCGCCCAGGAGGUGAUUGUUCAUUGUACAUAUUUCGUUGACAUCAAGCAAUCUGAACUGACGGCCGUCAUUUCUGACCGCGUGCCCGGGACAUCGCUCCAUCCCUUUUUCCCUCCACACCUCCUCUCUCGGCCGCCCAUCCACCCCCCUCCUCCCCCCUUUCGUACCCUUCCGCUUCCUUUCGGCUCCCUUCCGGCGGCGCCCCCUUUCGUUCGUUCGUUCGUUCGUCCGUACCGCUCGGCUCCCGCCCACAUCAGACAGCGACAGAUAGCGACAGACAGCAAGCGACAGCAGCACGCACUGUCAAGCGUCGCCCCGGUUCCGCUCCUUAUUCAUCUGCAUACGCACCGGCCUGGAUGUGCUGGUGCUGCUGGGAGUGGUCUGUUCUUUUAAUAACUUGUUUAUAAUUAAUACCUGGGCCUUGUACCCCGGAGGUUGCCAGCCAACAUGUCUGACGAGGUUUCCGACUUUUUGCGCUCCGUCGAGCUGUUGAAGGGAAGACGCGAGGAAGAAGACGAGGCACGCUCGCGUGAGCUGGAACAAAAGAUACUGCAGGAAAAGGCUGAGCGACAAGCAAGGCGACUAGAGCGCGCAAGGUCCAUUUCCCCUCAGAAAUCGUCUCCGGCAAACACCCCCACCGGCCACCACCACCGCGCAAGCAUUGCUAGCAUUGCCAGCACCAUUCUGCCCCCCGAUGGCGUAGACCUGUCCUCGCCCGCACACGAAACUACUGGAAGCCCCCGAGCGCGUUCUGUCCAGCUAUCCGACACCAUGGAGCCCCUAUCGCUGGCCUCGCCCACAAAGGAGAACGAGUCGCCCUCAUCGCCGUCGCCCUUUGACUCGUCCGAACCAAGCAAGCGAUCGAGCCAAAUCCUCACCUCCCCUUCGGCUGCCAUGCCCUCUGCCCGUCCCCUCUCCUGGCAGAGGCGCCCUACAUCUCAAGCUUCUGAGCGACCCAAGACUCGACCGUUGUCUGUUUUCGCUGCUGAGAAUGCGGCCGCCACUCGGGCAAACGCCGCCAUAACCUCUCCCACAGAGGAACAGCCACCACAAUCACAAACAGAUGAGGAUAUCGUCGACGCCUCCGACUUGUCGCGCACCCAGCUUCCCGGCAUGGCCCAAGACGCCAGUGCGAAUGCCCCUACCCCUACAGAACCAGAGACGACGCCCUCCCGUCAGAGCUUGCUCAAUUCUCCCCUGAUUACCAGCGCACCGCGUCUGGACCCUCCAACUGGAGAUGCCACCCAAGACGAGCCUGAGCCGCCUUCUAAUCGCCUGUCGAUGAUGUCUCCCAACAGCCGUGCCUCGCCUGCCACUCCAAGAUCCGGCUCUCCUACCAAGGGCUUGGGUGGUUUUGUACAGAGUGCCAUGAUGAAGCGCUCCGAUAGUGUAAAGCGGUGGAGCGUGAACUCGGCAGGCCUAGCGCGUGCUGAAUCAACUGCCUCGAAUCGCAACAGUCUCUUGGGUUCUCAAUUAGGCAGUCCCACCAAGCAGGACGCUCAGCCCGAUGUUCCAACCCAGGACGAUUCUAACUCUACGUCGGCAUUACGACCAGCUUCAAGACCCGUCUCGAGCCAUGGAGAAGAUAGACCAGUCACUCCCGCUCCGCUUAGCAUCACCCCACAACCGUCUACGACCGAAAUCAAAGAGACUAGCACAGAAGGCGGCGAGGAGGAGAACACGUCGGUACCCGUCAGUCCCUCAAAGACAAUGGAUCCCAGGAGGUGGAGCCCCUCCAAGUCAUCGAGCUGGCUUGAGGCUGCUCUAAACAAGCCCGAGUCGCCAAAGACCAAGCCAGCCCCCAACGCCAACCAGCCGGCCUGGAUGGUCGAGUUGAACAAGGCUAAGGCGCAGAAGACCGGUAACACCAGCGUUGAUCUCUCGCGCAGUGCCUCGGUACCUCUUAGGAAGACUGAAGUCAAAACGGGUGGACUUAUGCGGACUACCCCGGUUGGCUCCGGUCUCAAAUCCUCUACUGGUCCCGGUCUGAGCAUCUCUACUAGUGCGCCUGCAGCAGAGAAGCCCGCAUUGAGCGGCUUGCGUAACGAUCUUGUCAGCCCUCUCUUGAGGAGAGGAAGCGAAGAUCCGGCAUCUUUGGUGGCAAAGACACCGACCACCGAAGAGGCCACCACCCCCGUUUUGAAGGAUUUCCGGGCGAAUCUGAAGUCGCGUGCACGACCCUCUUCUGGUGCAGGCGCCGAGGGUGAAGUGGAUGAGCUCAAGAACGUCUUUGGCAAACUUCGGAGGGCCAAGACCGAGAAAUGGGUGGCUCCUGACCCGCUCAAGGACAACAUUCUACGAGGAAAGUCUCUGCUUAAUCAAACCGGAGGUCCCAUGAGGAGCGAACGGAAAGAUGAGCUCAAGGAGGCCAUUCUCAAGAAGAAAGAGGAGUUCCAGAAGGCCAAGCAGGAGGGCCAAUCACCCACCAAAGUCGCCAGCCCUGUCGUUAGCGAGAAGUCAAUUCCUGAGGCGCUUGCCAGGAGACUGGAACUCGGUCGCUCCGGAAGCUUUUCCUCCAAGUCGGUCGAUCUACCAAGCUCUGCUUCUUCGGUCACGUCGCCGAGUGUAGCUUCUCCAGGCAGCAUCCUGGACUUUGACCGGACGGGCCUUUUGUCUCCCAAGAAGCGAGAACUUACUGACAUUGCAGCUCAGAUAGCACCAAAGCCUACCACUAGCCUGGACAAGGAAGCUUCUGCUACAAACGAGGUGCAAUCCACAACGCCCAAGGCAGUCAAUGUUCCAGGACGUCUGAGCAAGGUGGGCGGCUUAGCCGACAGGUUCAACCCUGCCUUGGCGGGAAUGUUGGCCAAAGGCCCUCCGGCAGCGGCUUCAGGGGCUAGUAAGGGAUCUGGGGCAGUUGAAGAGGAUGCUACGCCCAAGCCUGCACCCCAGUUGACGCACAUGACGAAGAAUCGUGCCCGUGGACCUAGGAGAAAGGCGCCGACUUCCGUUCUUAAGCCAGCUGAGGAGACCGAGGAAACACCUGUAGUAGAGUCACCGCCUGCUGCGAAGGAGGCUGUUUCUUCUCCUAUCGAGGAGAAGCAGGUCACGCCGACUAUGCCAAAGCCAGAGUUUAUCACUCGUGUUGACUCUAGAGCGUCUGUGCAAAGCCACAGGCAACAACCCUCUGGGAGUGUUGCCGACCUCGUCAACUCCUUCAAGACAAAGGUGGCGGAGGAGCCUAAGCCGGCUGAACAGCCCAACACUGCUGAUCUUCCCUCCCGUUCACCUACAAAGACUCGCGGCCGUUCAGCUACGAAGGUUCUUGAGCAAGCUACCGUGUUCGCCGCCCUGAAUCAGCAGCCUUCAGAAUCCGCCGAGCCCAAGAACGAGGUGGCUUCUGCGUCACCUGUUCGCCCGGCUCUGGGCCAUACUCGUUCCAAGUCAAAGGUCCACGAGCAAGCAGCUCUGUUCACGACACUGAACCGGCAACCAUCAGAAGCUGCCGAACCUAUCAAGGGGCCGGUUGCCCAGUCGCCCGUGCGGCCGGCGCUCGGCCAUACCCGCUCCAAGUCCAAGGUACAGGAGCAGGCGGCUGCAUUUGUGAACAAAAUGAAGGCAGAGCCGAGUGAGCGUAGUGCGGAGACCUCGCCUGUUCGACCUGCGAUGGGACAUACCCGUUCGAAAUCCACCAAGGUCCACGAGCAAAUUGCCGCUUUAGCUGCGGCCAGUCAAAAGCCCUCUGAGGCUGCUGCGGAAGCAGCUCCCUCAACGCCUACAUCGAUCAGGGGACGUUCUCGCGCAAAGUCAAUUGUUCAAGAGCAACUGGCUGCUCUUGCCACAGCCGGCCAGCAAAUGAAGCCGGUGGAGCCUGAGGCAGACAUGGCUGCUCAGUCUCCCUCCCCAAGAAAGCUUGAUAUGAAGAGAAUGUCUAGGUUCCUUGAUGAGCAGACCCAGCCGAUCCUUAAUCCCGAAACUGAAAAGACUUCACGGCCGUCUUCCCCUGUCAAACAACGGGCUCUUCCCGAUUUUCCUCGGACUUCGUCAACGAAGGACGUCUCGCCGGUAAAAGACACCAUGGUCGACUCGGAACCAGUCGUGUCCGUCAAGGCUGGCUCUGCGCUAUUUGGAGGCGGUGCUAACGCGGGUCUGCCUCAAGUAACCACGGAACCUACUUCGCCUCCCCCGACCGAGCCGGCUGCCGCUACGACCACAUCUCUUCCUCCUCGUGGUCUCAUCAAGACGCCAACUCCCGAGCCUAGAACGGAGCUACCACCAAGGCUGCCUCUUACUGCACUAUCGAGCCCAUCCUUCACUUCAUCCCGUAGACCUUCCGUCCCUGAACAGGCCCCUACCCCAGAGCCCCAGCCUCAGCCAGAGAUGCAGUCCCCGCCGCCACCAAAGCUCCCUCCCAAGGGUGCUAGGCCGUUACCCGCGACCCCAGAGGCCGAAGCUCCUCCUGUGCCCCGUAAGGACAGCAUCCCGCUUCCUUUUCUCCCCAAGUUCGACUUUCAGCCACAACCUCAGCAACAACCUCAGCAGCAAGCUCAGCAGCAGCCGCAGCAGCCGCAGCAGCAGCAGCCACAGUCACCCCAACACCAACAAACUCCGCAACAGCCACGUGGUCUUCGACAUACGAGGUCGGCAUCAAAAUACGGUUCAGAUGCCCAGGCACUGUUGAGUGACUUCUUUGGCACUGAGCGUCCUCGCCGUCGCUACAUGGCCGACGCCGCCGACGUGAUCAUGCGGCGGCCAAACCCUGGCUUCCGCAUUCAAACCCAGCGCGCUCAGCUUUACCAGUUCGCCGCCGAUGGCAAGAAGCUGCCCGUUCCCGCCCACCGCGAACGUAUUCUUUUUGAGCGGGAAAUGUACCUCUGCACGCACACUUUCACCAACGAAUCGGGCAAGAAGGUGAGCGAGGUGUACUUCUGGGUCGGCGACGAGGUUCCUGAGGCCGCCGUUGACGACGCCCAACUGUUUGCCACGCGUGAGGCUAGAGCGUUUGGUGGCAAGUUGGUCAAGAUGAUGCAGGGCAAGGAGACCAGCGAGUUCAUGCAGGCGCUAGGCGGCAUUGUCAUCAUUCGUCGCGGUUCCAGCAAUAAGUUUGACUCGCUCGCGCAAACCAUGUUCUGUGGCAGACGCUUCCUUGGACAGGUGGCGUUUGAUGAGGUAGACUUUGCGCCUUCGAGCCUGUGCUCUGGUUUCCCUUACCUGAUCACUCAGCAGGGCAAGUGCUGCUUGUGGAAGGGUAAGGGGUCGGAUGUGGAUGAGCUUGGCUGUGCUAGGCUCGUUGGUAUGGACUUGAGCCUGAUGGGCGAGCUGGAAGAGAUUGAGGAAGGAUUCGAGCCGGAGAGCUUCUGGAGGGAUAUCUUUGGGGGUGAGGGACCGGGAGUCCGACCGAUGAGCGCGGAUCAUUGGAGGUUGAAGCCAAACUAUGAGAAGUACUGUGGGAGACUGUUUUGUUCGAAUGCCAAUGCCUCUGGCAAGGAUCAGAUCGUCGAGAUCUCUCCUUUCAAACAAACAGACCUCCUCCCCACAAACAUCUACAUUCUCGACGCCUUCUUCGAAAUGUACAUCAUCGUCGGUGCCCGCUCCCAGCACCAAUACGCCUCCUUCCACAACGCCCUCGACUUCGCCCAGGAAUACUCCAUCCUCGCCGCCGGCAUGGAAGACCGUCCCUUUGUCCCCAUCUCCACGGUCGUGCUGGAGGGUAUCCCUCGCGAUCUCAAGAGCGUGUUCCGCAAGUGGUCGGACUCUCUCAGCCCCACCAUUAUGAAUCACCUUGGUAGCAACGUAAGUGUUGGCGGUGGCAGCCCUCCUGCCGACGUUAGGAGCCCAGGAAGUGUCAGGAGCUUCAGCAACUCUAGUAUUAUGAGUCAGGCCCCGGGACAAGCUGGCCAGGGUCAACAAGGCCCGGGGUUGAGGAGAGGAAGGAGUUUGAGGAUUGUGCCACUUAACCAGGCGCUCAAGGCUUUGCAAGACUAGGAGAAGGCAGAGUCUGAGUCAAAAUGUCUGUUGUGAGGGAUCUAUAGGGAUAGUGUACGAGUAAUUUUGAAGUGGGAAAAGGACAGUUGAAAGGGUAUAUCUGUUUUACUUUGUUGGAGUUUAUUGAAGGAAGAAACCAAAGGAAAAAAGGAAGCAUAAGUCGGUUGGGUUGGGCUGCAUUGCGAUGCGUAGAAUACUAAAAGGCGGUUCAAAACCUUUACUUAGACAUACACACACUAUAUUGGGUCACAGAACCUACAAUAAUUUAUUUUGUUGAAGUCA